GAUCCUACCACAUGAUUCUUCAAUGAAUACACAUUUAUUUAUUUUCCUUUUGCAUUCAAAUAUUAAUUAAAUUACGACAAUGGUUUUGAACAAAAACUUAUUUGUUGUAAAGCAAUUACUGCAGACUGUCAGACAGUUUCGUUGUUCCAGUGUGAGAAGAUUAGCAUAUGAAGGACCUGGCAGGACAACGGCUACUAUUAUUAAUCUUGAUGUUGGUUCCAGAAUCUUAAUAAACCAAUGCACACCGAUAGGGUUCAAGUUCAACAAUGGUACUGCACUCAUGGGUCCUCUCAUAAUUUUUCCAAAGACCGUCUUCUGUUGGAACAUUGCAUCUGCAUUGCAUAUAAAUGAGAAAACAUUGUCUUUGUUCAUUACACUUGAACCAAAACCAGAUAUAGUAGUAUUAGGUCUUGAAAGGCCAUACGAGUAUAAUAGAAUUCUAGAAAUGAAGAAAGUAUUGUUCGACAAUGGCAUUUCUGUUGAAGUACUUCCAGUAGAGCAGGCAUGCGGUGCCUAUAACUUUUUAUGUGAUGAAGGACGAUAUGUUGCAGCAGGUCUAAUACCUCCGCUACUAGAAGAAUCUCUUUCAUACAAAUUGUUGCAACAAAGUAUGGAUAGUAUCAGAAAGGAGAGAGAAAUUAAAAGAGGAGGUAUCAAGAAGCAGAAACCUAUAGAUUCCAAAUAGUUAAUUGGAAUGUAUGGAAAUAUGUCAAUAUACCAGUAAUAUCAAACGCUUGU